AUGGUGUUCCCUAAAUGUCAACAUACACCUUGUCAAAAGAUAGCUUCAUACUACCUAACCAACAAGACCAUUUACGUUUGCUCGCAAGACAAAUUUGCACAGUACCCGAAUCAUGAUUCAAUUCUCCUAAUCCCUUCAGACUCAAUCUCAACUAUCAUAAGUAUCAUCAACGAAUGCAGAAAAGAACUAUUAACAUACUACACUAACCAAGGGCUUUCAGACGAAUUUGAAAAAUGUAAAGCCUUCAGUAUUUCCCUUCAUGAGCAAUGUGAACAUGUCUUAACUAAACUCAAAACAGCUAGGCUCAUCAAAGCUGCGUGUAAAUACUCAUCCCUACUUUCAGAGUCUCAAGAUAUCGAGGAAAUUUUGAAGACAGACACUCUUUUCACUAGAUUUGCAGUGGCCAAGUCUUGGAACGAAGCUUAUGCCUCAGUUACUGGCCAGAACCAAAAAUCCCCAGAAUUAACAGCUCAAGAACUCAACAAGAAGUACCACCAAAUGCUUGACAAGACAUCUAAAAAACUAGGCAACCAAAGAAAGAGAAUACAAAAAUCCCAUCAGCUAAAAAUACACAAUCUCAAUUCCUGAAUCAAUUCAAAACUCUCACAAAUAUCUGACCUCAACCAACAUCUAAAACACCAAGGGAAGUCUCACAAGGCCCAAAUAGACCACAUAAAAUCUGCACAUCUAUAUGAGCUCUCUCUUACAAACUUCACACACUGCUCAACUGAACCACCAACAUCAGCACCACAGAGACAAAAUCCAGCACAUGGAGCUAAGAAUAAUCUCUACAGAAGAAGAGCUCCAGCACAAACAGGUUAUAAUAGGCAGAUUAAAUAGAGACAAAGAACAAAUUUUUAAGGAUCUGUGUGACCAAGCCAAUGAUUUUAGAGCCAUGAGAUAAUUUAUGCUUAAAAGGAAUAAAACCAGAGAUUUUGUUACACUGAGGAAGUUCUAGGUUGAUUCUCACGAAGUAGAGUUAGGUUAAGAAACUAAGCUGGAAUUGGGGUAGAUGAUUAAAGAGACGAUGAUUGG